UCCGUAUUACGAAAAAACAGGAGCAGAGAAGAGAUGCAAAUUUUAGGGUGUUUUAAAACGACAAAACUUACGAAGAUUGUGAUCUGUAAUAAACCCAAGUUACUGUGUGUCUGCGCAAUUGAUCGUCGAUGAUCUGAGUUAUCUGUGUCCGAAUCCAAUGUCUGUUAACAGUUUGAGGAGUCAUUGAUUUAUCGAACAAGAAGAAAAAUGAUUGGAGGACGGCGCAGAUUUGAAUUGUCCGAACGAGGCGUUGAAAAUGGAGUCCGGAUUGGCUAGAUUUCUUACAGCGAUUUACGUUUCCCUAAUUCCGCCCUCCGAAGGUAUCUGUAAUUAACGCUUGCUUUAGGUAUCUUUGAAACAUUAAAUACGUUGCUUAUUUGCUGCCAUUCCGUCGAUUCGAAUCUCAAAUCCGCGUCUCAGUUUAGGGGAAAGGAAAGCUUCUCAUUCAUCUAGACAUAGAGAUACUGUAAGAACUUUUCCCCAAUUUUAGGGUUUACCGUAAGAAGUAAUUUAGUCUUAACCUAGACAUAGAGAUACAUAUUCUGUUUUUCUCUGAUUGGAGAGAGUGUCGGCUGUGGCUGUUCGAAUCGAUCGAUUAGCCGAUUCCGAUUGCUGAGGUUUUAGAUUGUUCUUACACAUUAGAACAACAUCCAUCGUUGGAUUAGAUUUGCGGCUGUAAUGGUGGAUAAGAGGAUGGAUGUUUAAGAUUAUCCGAAAUGAGAGGAACAAGAUGAGAAUAAAAACAGGAUUAUUGUCAAGUCCAUGGAUGAUUCAAACAGGGCAAUCCCCAAUCUAGUAGGUUUGAUCAAGUCUUGGAUCCCCCGGCCAUCGGAGCCACCGCCGCCGCCAUUUCCGCCGCCAGCUUAUGUGUCAAGGGACUAUUGGAUGCCUGAUUAUAGCUGCCGGGUUUGCUACGAAUGCGACGCCCGGUUCACCGUCAUCAACCGUAGGCACCACUGUCGACUCUGCGGUCGAAUCUUCUGCGCCAAGUGCACCUCACAUUGGAUCCCCCGGCCAUCUCCCGAACCUGGCUGCGAUCCCGUUCGAGUCUGCAAACAUUGUCUCUACGGAUUGCAGACGAAUCCGUCGUUGAUGGCGGCUGCCUCCGCUGGAAAUGAAGCCCACAUUGCCGGAAUCGAUCGAAUCGGGAGCUCUCCGUCCACCAACAGUUUUGUGUCUGUAAAGUCCUUCGAAACCUCCGAUAGCAGCAGCUGCACGUUCUUGUCGAUUAGCACCCCGCAACAGACAUCGGUUAUGGACGCCGCCGUCGAAGCCGCAACCGGCAGCAAUGAUCUUACAGCAGAUGUAGCUGAAGCCAAACACAUCUUGUCUGAAAAUGGACUCGGGAUUUUCGAAAACAGCAGGACGGAAUCCGACGUUGAAGAAUUCAGGAUGGCCCACUUCAGUUCCUCGCCGAGUCCCAUUUCGGAUAUCUACAGCUACAUCGGUCGCAUUCAUUACGACAACUUUCAAAAUGAGUCGAAAUCCUGUAAAGUUCAUCCCGACGGAGAUGAUCUAUAUCCGGAGGACUCGGAGACCUCUCCCCCGCAGAAUUAUGUCGACUCCGAACCUCAUAGCGACGACCAAAAACAAAUGUUGCAAAAGGAUUUCGAGCAUGAUGAAUGCACGCCGUUGUCUUCUUUAUACGCAGUCAAGGACAUGGAUUCCGCGCCUGUCGAUUUCGAAAACAAUGCACUUCUUUGGCUCCCUCCCGAACCCGAAGACGAAGAAGAUGACAAAGAAGCUAUUUUUAUCGGGGAUGACGACGACGACGACGGGAUCGUGAACCCGGCUGGGGAAUGGAGCUAUUUUCAUGAUUCGGGCGUGUUCAGAAGCAGGGACAAGUCGAAUGUCGAGCACAAGAGGGUUAUGAUGAACGUGCUCGACAGCCAUUUUCGGGCAUUGGUGUCUGAGUUCUUGCAGGCGGAGAAUAUUCCGGCAGGGGACGAAAACGAUCGAGAGAGCUGGUUGGAAAUAAUCAUGGCGUUGUCGUGGGAGGCUGCGAUGCUUUUGAAGCCGGAUACGAGCACCGGCGGGCAAAUGGAUCCGGGCAGUUACGUCAAAGUAAAAUGUUUAGCUUCUGGUCGUCGAAGUGAGAGUACGGUUGUAAAAGGCGUUGUUUGUAAGAAGAAUGUAGCUCAUAGGCGAAUGUCGUCGAAAUUCGAGAAAGCUCGGUUCCUCAUUCUUGGCGGCGCUUUGGAAUACCAACGAGUUUCCACUGCCCUUUCGAGCAUUGAUACUCUGUUGCAGCAGGAAAUGGAUCACUUGAAAAUGGCUGUUGCGAAGAUUGACGCGCACCGUCCGGAUGUUCUUCUAGUCGAAAAAUCCGUCUCCCGAUACGCGCAAGAGUAUCUUCUUGAAAGAGACAUAUCGCUUGUCCUAAAUCUAAAACGAUCCCUUUUGGAGCGCAUAGCUCGAUGCACCGGUGGCCAAAUAGUUCCUUCGAUCGAUCAUUUGUCGUCUGCGAAGUUAGGACAUUGUGAAAUCUUUCGUGUAGAGAAGUUUCUAGAAGAUCACGGCAGUGCCGGUCAGAACGGGAAGAAGCUUGUGAAGACGCUAAUGUAUUUCGAAGGCUGUCCGAAGCCACUAGGCUGCACGAUUUUACUCCGAGGCGCCGAUGGGGAUGAGUUGAAGAAAGUGAAGCGCGUCGUGCAGUAUGGAGUUUUCGCAGCUUAUCAUUUAGCUCUCGAGACAUCUUUUCUGGCUGAUGAAGGUGCGACGCUCCCGGUUCUUCCGUUGGAGUCUCCGAUUACGGUGUCGUUUCCCGAUACAUCGUCGAAAUUCGAUAGGUCCAUCUCGACGGUACCUGGGUUUACCAUUCCGGAAUACCCGAAAGUGAUGUCGAAUAGUAUACCUUCCUCGGAUCUUAUCGACGCCACAGCGAUUUCUGCUCGAUGUAAUGAAAAUGCAGGCAUUGUCGAUUUGCCUGUAAUAGACAAGCUGGCGGCAGAUGAAGACGUCACGCUAAUUGUUAAUGAUUUUGCGGAUUCGCAUGAUGUCAGAACCUUGCCGUUAGUUCAUCGGGAUGAUAACGAACAAGCUAUGUUUAAAGAGGAGUUUUCGACUUCUUCCUCGUCUUCGGACAACCAAAGCAUAUUAGUCUCCCUAUCGUCGCGGUGUGUCUGGAAAGGAACCGUCUGUGAACGAGCGCAUUUGUUCAGGAUAAAAUAUUACGGGAACUUCGAUAAGCCGUUGGGUCGUUAUCUGCGCGACGACUUGUUUGAUCAGAAUUAUCGAUGCCGUUCGUGCAAUUUGCCGGCAGAAGCUCAUAUUCAGUGCUAUACUCACCGGCAAGGUACACUUACGAUUUCCGUUAAAAAUAUUCACGAUAAUCCUUUACCCGGCGAGAAAGACGGGAAGAUUUGGAUGUGGCACCGUUGCCUGAAAUGUCCGAGAAUUAAAAACGUCCCACCGGCGACGCGGCGGGUUGUGAUGUCCGAUGCCGCGUGGGGAUUGUCAUUUGGUAAGUUUUUGGAGCUAAGCUUUUCGAAUCAUGUCGCCGCCAGCCGGGUGGCGAGCUGCGGUCAUUCUUUACAUAGAGACUGCCUCCGAUUUUACGGUUUCGGGGAACUCGUUGCCUGCUUUCGAUAUGCGUCGAUCGACGUCCACUCCGUAUACCUUCCACCGUCGAAGCUCGACUUUAGCUUCGAAAAUCACAAAUGGAUCAAAAAAGAGAUGAACGAGCUCGUUGCUCGUGGCGAGCUUUUGUUCUCCGAAGUACGCGAUGCGCUUUGUCAUUUGGUCGAUCGAAAAUGCUCAGUAGAGAAUUUGGAGGUGUUGCUGCUCAAGGAGAAGUCCGAUUUCAUGGAGUCGAUCGAUAAUAUUUUGAAAAAGGAAGCCGAGAAUUACGACAUACUCGAGAUUAAUCGACUCCAUAGACAACUGGUGUUCCUUGGUUAUAUGUGGGAUCAUCGUCUCGUCAAUUUGGACAGCGAAGCCCCGGUGAAACGAGUGGACGACAACGUUGUUGCAGAUCCGGGUGUUAUAAUGAAAUCGCCGCCGGUGGUCUCGGUUAAGUCGGAGGAAACAUCGGAUAUCUCUUGUCCGAACGCUGUGGGUGCAAAGCUAGACCAACAACCGGAAAACGACGAUCCCUACUGUUUUCCCGAUGCACCGGAAUUGAAAUCAAUUGGGUCGGAGGGUUUAUCCGAAAAAGUGGUCGAUAUGUUAUCGGACGAUAAAGAAGAAGACUCAACGAACUUGUCGGGUACGUCGUUUAUGAAUUUCUACCGGUCGAUGAACAAGAAUCACGUCGGGAGCACGCAGAAGCUCGACUUAUUUAGAGACCACCGGUCUGAAUACAUUUCCGGGUUUCUCGAGGCUGAGCUUCUAGGCGGGGCGAGGCUUCUCCUACCCGUGGGCGUGAACGAUACCGUCGUCCCGGUUUACGAUGACGAGCCGACGAGCAUUAUAUCGUACGCGCUUCUUUCGCCCGAGUAUCACCUCCAAGUGUCGGAUAAGACAGAGAAAUCGAGGGACGUUACGGACUCGAUUCUGGCUCAGCAGUCGGGUCUUUACGGUAGUUUCCAAUUGUUCAACUCGUUUGACGAAACCAUGCUUGAAUCUUACAAAAGUUUCGGAUUCGGCGACGAUGCAGCCAUGUCAGCAUUGUCGGCGGCGGCAGCGGCAGUAACCCAUCAUUCUUUGCCUCCGGCGGCGGAUUCGGUGCUUCGUAAUUUGCAUCCGAGAGUGACAUUUUCGGAUGACGGACCCCUCGGGAAAGUCAAGUACGCUGUGACUUGUUAUUACGCGAAGCAGUUCGAGUCGUUGAGGAAGAUAUGUUGUCCUUCGGAGACGGACUUUGUAAGAUCGCUUAGCCGAUGUAAGAAGUGGGGGGCUCAAGGCGGUAAGAGUAAGGUCUUUUUCGCGAAGACGUUGGACGAUCGAUUCAUCGUUAAACAGGUGACGAAAACCGAGCUCGAAUCGUUUAUCAAGUUCGGGACUCGGUACUUCGGGUAUCUUGCCGAAUCGAUCAACUCGGGUAGCCCGUCUUGCCUGGCGAAGAUUCUCGGGAUCUAUCAGGUUGUGUCGAAGCACGUUAAAGGCGGGAAGGAGUCGAAAAUGGACAUGCUGGUUAUGGAGAAUCUUCUCUUCGAAAGAAACGUCACGCGGCUCUACGAUCUCAAAGGAUCGACGCGGUCGCGGUACAAUCCGGAUUCUUCCGGAAGCAACAAGGUCCUCCUCGACCAGAACUUGAUCGAAGCGAUGCCGACUUCGCCGAUUUUCGUCGGGAACAAAGCCAAGCGGCUGUUGGAGCGCGCGGUUUGGAAUGAUACGGCGUUCCUCGCUUCGAUCGACGUGAUGGACUACUCGCUGCUGGUCGGGGUCGACGAGGAGAAGCACGAGCUCGUUCUCGGGAUUAUCGAUUUCAUGCGGCAGUACACGUGGGACAAGCAUCUCGAGACGUGGGUGAAGGCGUCGGGGAUUCUCGGCGGGUCGAAGAACGUGCCGCCGACGGUGAUCUCUCCGAAGCAGUACAAGACCCGGUUCCGGAAAGCCAUGACGACGUAUUUCUUGAUGGUCCCGGACCAGUGGUCGCCUCCGGUCAUAAUUCCGAGCAAGUCGCAGACCGAUUUACGGGAAGCGAUAAGCGGCGAUGUACAGACAGAGUAGCUCGACGUCCUCCGUCGGGCGAGUCGACCCGACCGGAUUCCAAUCGAUCGAUCGAAUCGCGGUACGAGUUUGGAGCCUACACUUUGUUGUAUGGAAAAUGGGGCGAUUCCCAGCUGAAAUUUCUCCUCGUUUAAUUUGUAAGAAGGUUACGUUACGAGGGUCCGCCAUUGAUGAUUUGUUUCAUUGUUAGAAAAAAUUGGCAUAAGUAUUAGGAAAAGACAGGCAGUUUUGAGGACAUGAAAGGAACCCAUCUGCUGUGUCUGCAAUAUGUCGAUGUUGAAUUUGCAAUAUUUUUUUGAAUUUAUUUUUGGAUGUGGCAAAGCUCGAAUGUAUUGGGUUAUUUGAAGAUGUUACAUGAUACUUAUAUUUUUAUACAAAUUUAUUUAUUAUUAUUU